AUGCUUGCUCUUGACAGCAACUUCAAAGAGGAUGGUCGCCUAGGCGGUGUCGGUGAAGUUGUUGAAAUCGAUGAGUACAAAAUCGGCCGUCGAAAAUACGAGCGAGGACGUGUAAUGGAAGGAUCAUGGAUUCUCGGAAUGAUCCAUAGAGGCCAUUCCUACAACUAUCGAAAGUCUGUGAAGAUCAGCAUCUUGAAAUGGGCCCGUCGGUGUGGUGUCAAGCGUAUUUCUGGUUUAAUUUAUGAAGAAAUCCGUGGUGUCCUGAAGGUGUUCCUAGAAAACGUCAUCCGUGACGCUGUUACUUAUACUGAGCACGCCAAAAGCAAGACUGUGACCGCCAUGUACGUCGUUUAUGCUCUGAAACGUCAAGGUCGUACUCUGUACGGAUUUGGUGGUUAA